AUGAUAACAAGGAAGAAAGACGCCACAAUCGAUGUGGCAAGCAUGUUCAAAGACGUGGAGAUGAAGGUGCCGCUCUUGACGACGUUAAAAAUGCCCCCAAUUAGUAAAUUCAUCAAAGACUACUUGGCGGGGAAAGUCAACGAGGAAGGAAGACUGAUUACAGAUGAGAACGUCUCUGCCGUGAUCCAGAGAAGCGACCUCCCCUCCAAGAAAACUGACCCUGGAAUGUUCACACUCCCUAUUUCAAUCGGAGAUAUUCAAGUGGAGCACGCCAUGUGCGAUUUGGGGGCAUCUAUCAAUGUUCUGCCAUACUCCAUCUAUCGGAAACUGGGAGCAGCCAAACUCGUCAACACUGACAUAAUGAUACAGUUGGCCGACAGAUCAUGUAUUCACCCAGAAGGAAUUCUGGAGGAUGUUAUUGUAAAGAUGACGGAGCCCGCAACAAAAGAGUCGAGUGGAGUCCUACUGGGACGACCGUUUCUGUCCACAGCCAGCACUAUUAUAGACGUCCGAAAUGGGACAAUAAGCCUGGAUUUCAAGGGAGAGCAGUACACGUUCAAUAUUGAUGAAGCCAUGAAGAAGCCAGCCGACGGCGAGAACAUGUACUCUGUGGACACAACUGAACCAUUGGUGCAGGAAUUUCUGGAGGAGGAAUUCUUAAAAAGAGAAUUCACUGAUUCCGCUGCAGAUAAAGAGGUCGAAAAAUAA